AUGCACGAGUGUCACUCUGUUGCGUCUUGGGAUGUGUCGCUAAGCCCUCUUCUACUCAACAGAUUCAUUACAAUGAAGACGCUCUCACAAACAGCAUGUUCCCUGCUCCGCCAGCGGCCAGCUUUCUCCUUCACAGGCCGGAGGACCCUGGCGUCACUUACACGACAACCUCCGCCAACCCACCCUGUUGUCAUCCGCCCCUCAGAUGCCGAAGUACGCAACAACCUUCUAGCGCCACGAAACCUUGAGAUCGCUGUUCGACAAUUACACUCCGAUGGUCUUGUCGUUGUUGAGAAUGUUGUACCUCACGACGAGCUUGAUGCCCUGAACGAAAAGAUGGUGAAAGACGCGCGAUAUCUCCAAUCGCUUGGCGACAAAGGGCCGUUCAACUACAACCAAGGCAACCUCCAACAAGAUCCUCCGCCGGUGGCCGAUUACUUUUACAAGUCUAUAUUCGCCAACCCCAUCGCGACCCAAAUCACCUCCAACGUCCUUGGUCCCCGUCCAAAAUGGACCUUUUGCUCCGCCAACUCAGCCAUGCCUCCUCUCCCCGGCUCCUCGCCCCAGAGACAACCAGUGCACUCGGACGCCGAUUUCGCGCAUCCGUCGCACCCCUUCGCACUUGUAGUCAACGUCCCGCUUGUAGCCAUGACGCCCGAGAAUGGGUCCACGGAGGUCUGGCUCGGCACGCACGCCGCAGACGUCUCGGCGCAGGAAGGUAAGCAUGGCGAGCGGGCUAGUGGGCGCAUCAGAGAGGACCUGCUCGCUCAGAGGCGCGACGUGAGGGGCCCCGCGCAGCCUGAGGUGAAGAAAGGGAGCAUCAUACUCCGCGACUUGAGGUUGUGGCACGCUGGAAUGCCGAACAUGAGUUCAGAUGUGAGGGUCAUGCUUGCAAUGAUUCAUUUUGCGCCUUGGUAUCGGAACCCAAUGAGGCUCCAGUUUGGGGAGGACAUGAAGCCUCUCCUUGCGGGAUUGGAGUCGCAAUUGGAGAUCCCGGUGGAUUGGAUGAGGAAAGCGGAGGCUUUGGGGUCGUAUCUGAACAGGGGAUUCGGGAAUAGCUAUGACUUUGAUCAGGAUAAAUGA